AUGCCUCCACCCGUGAAAAAAUGCAUUUGCGAACUAUGCUCCUGCGGGCGUCAUCGUUGCCCUCAUAUUCCUACCAAGAUUUAUGAUCCAUCAGAGAACAACAGAUGUCUUCUUUCAGAGUACACAGAGAACUAUGGAAUCCAUCAGAGCUAUCAACCAAGAGAAUCCUUCAAGCCCAGGAUAGACUAUCAGAAAGUGAUUGCGCCAAUGGAGGGCAUGUCUACAACCAGGAGAGAUUAUGGUCCUCACAGAGUAUUACCAGUGAAGGUAAAGCCACCUGAUCAGUAUGCUCCAAAUGAAGAGAAUAUGGAUAUGGUCACAACAUAUAAACAGGAUUUCAACCCUUACCCUGUCUGUCGAGUAGAUCCUUUCAGACCACGUGAAAACAGGCAUCAAUGUAAAGACAAGAUGGAAUCUCUGCCCACGUAUAAAGCCGAUUAUGUUCCCUGGAACCAACCGAAACGUGACCUCAUCAAGCCAGAUCAGAGCUAUCGGCCAGCAGCCACCAAGUUUGACUAUAGAACCACUCACCAGGAUGACUUCCCCUUCAAGGGCCUCGUGACCACCACGAGUUGCAAGCCUCAUCUGUCUGCAAAGAUGUGCAGCAUCCCCCUGGAGGACUUGACCAACUACAAGCUCAAUUAUGUGGCACAUCCACUGGAGAAGCGAGUCCCAAUGGACACCAACAAGUUCAAGCCCUGCGAGAUCCCCUUUGAAAGCAUCACGACUCACAAGGAAGCCUUUAGGGGGCUGGCUGGGGAGCCUGCCAAGUCCCUGAAGCCCAACCCCAAGGUGAGCAGCUGCGAUACUCCCUUCUGUAACAUGACCGAGUUUCGGGAAAAGUACCAAGUGUGGCCGAUACCCCCAAUGUACUCUCGGCCCCCGGUGGCUUACACUGCCCCCGAAGAGAAGAUGGACCUCAUGACAACGGUGCAGGCUCACUACACUUACCAGAAAGGGGGCCCUGCCCAGUGCUGCCGUCCUGUGAUGCAACCCGUGAAAUCGGGGCGCUUCGAAGGCUCCACAACCAACAGAGAUGACUUCAAGCAAUGGCCCACUACCAAGCAGGAGUCCUUUAAGCCCAUCCCUCAGCUAAACUUGCCCAAGGAGCCCAUGGAUUGCCUCACUACUACCAAGACCUUCUUUGUGCCUCAUCCACCAAUUGUCACAAAGAGCUGUAAACCUUUUAUUUCCCCUCAGCGGUGUCAGGCCUCUGUGACAGGAGAAACAACGUACAACAUCAGCUUUACUCCUAAGGAGCCAGUGAAGUGCCUUGCUUCCUAUCCUGAGCCACCAGGCUACACAUUUGAUGAAGUAGAUGCAUUUGGCCACAGGAUGUAUCGCCCUGUGUCCCACACUGACCAACUUGGUUCAAGGAAGAAUAGUUGUCUUUCUGCAAAUAGAGCAGAUGGUUCCAACCAAAGGGAGCUAGCAGUGUCGGCCUGA